AUGAAUCGAGGGGUGUGCCCUUCGAUGUGCAAAGUCUGUCGACAUCCGGCAACUGGAUAUCACUAUGAUGUGCCUUCUUGCAAUGGAUGUAAGACAUUUUUCCGGCGAUCUAUACUUGAUGGAAGAAAAUAUUCAUGUCUGAAAAUGAAAAAGUGUUUGAGUGGAGAUGAUCCAGUCGAUUUGGCGAGACGAAUGUGUAGAUCUUGUCGAUUUGAAAAGUGUGUAGAUGCUGGAAUGAAUCCUUCUGCGAUACAAGCAGAUGUAAAAAGUUCAGAUGGAGAGAUAUUGAAGAAGGAGAUAAUGAUGAAACAAAGAAGUUCGUAUGAGGGAUUAGGCAGUCCUCAGGUUUUGUCAAGCUUCGAAGAUAAAGUCAAUGAGAUAAUUGAUAGAUUGACUGCGAUGGAAAUGAAAAUUGAGCCUUUGUAUAAAGAAGGUCUACCUACUGGAUAUAAAGACUCUCGAAUACUAGAAGACGUAAUAAAUUCUCCAAUGAUACUCCGAUACGAACAAAUUCCAAAUCUAGAAUAUUGCCCCGUUAUAGAUGAAUUCACCGGAAAACUGAAAGUCAGUGGUGCCGGUUACAUUCAUUGUUGUUAUCUUGCUAGUAUAGAAUAUUCCAAAAUGUUUGAUUUCGUUCAUAAAAUUGAUUUAGCAAGCAAGUUGAUCCUGGUGAAACAUACAACUAUCAUGUGUGCAGAUAUGAUGACUUCUUUCUUCUGUUACAAUGAACUGAAAUCCGAUAAAUUGAUUCAUCCGAAUGGUUUACGAUGUGGACCUCCAAGACCAAGGUACGGAGAUGUUGGAGCAAAGCAUCAAAUUUCAAUGCAGAAAACACUGGUCACUGUCCUCAGAAAUGAAUUGAAUCGAGUCGAAUAUGUUCUUCUCAAGGCAAUUGUACUUUGCAAUCCAGCGGUUUCCGGUUUACCCGAAUCGGUUCAAGAAGUUAUCGGAAAGGAAAGAGAACAAUACGUUCGAACUCUUCUGACAUACUGUCUUCUCAAUUAUGGAUCUAUUAAUGGACCUUCGAGAUUCUCAGCCCUUCUCGCUAUCAUGUCAGUUCUGGAGAGCCAACAAAAGAAUGCAAAGGAUUUCCAUUUGCUGGCCAAAGCAACAAUUUUAAAAGAUCUGGAACGGUACACUCGUAUCAGUAAACUUUAUGAACAAAUCAUGGAAUCUUAA